CUGAGCUCGGCCGGAAACUCCGCUCCAUUUCCAUUACAAACUCGGCCCUCUAAGUGCGGGGUUCUCUUUUUUCUUUCUUUUUUUCAAUAGUGUGCAGCCUAAGUAAAGGUUUGGGAGCAUGUUAUGGACGCUUAACCUCCUUUAGUUCUUCAGGUUCGGUUCUCCAGCUUGGGUUCUCCCGUUAUUUCAGUAAAGAGCGAGUUUUCCCUGCUCUGGUGCAGAUGUGUGCGGCUUGGCGGCUCAAUUUUCUUCUCUCACUUUGCUCGGGACUCUUGUAAACAUGCAGCCCCCGCCACGAAAGGUGAAAGUGAGUCAGGAGCUGAAGCACGCUCACGCAGAGCAGCUGAGCAAACUUAACGUGAAACAUCAGACUGACUGUGACCUUCUGGAAGACCUGAGGACGUACAGCCAGAAGAAAGCAGUGAUAGAGAAAGACUAUGCACAGGCGCUGCAGAAGUUAGCGUCUCAGUAUCUGAAGAGGGAAUGGCCUGGGGUCCAGUCUGAAGAGCAGAAAGACUACAGGAAUGUUUGCACAGUAUGGAGAGCGUAUCUGGAGGGUGUAGUGAAAGUGACCCAGUCUCGCAUGAGUGGCUGUGACAGCUACAGGAGCCAGGUUUCAGAGCCGAUCAAGACUUUCCGGGUGCACAAAGAGCAGCAGCUAAAAAAGUGUAUCGAGCAGCUUACGCGGGUUCAGGCCGAGCUGCAGGACACAGUAAAGGAUCUGACCAAGUCCAGAAAGAAGUACCAGGAGACAGAGCAGAUGGCCCAGGCCGUGAGGGAGAAAGCAGAUAUGGAGGCAAAGUCCAAACUCAGCCUUUUUCAAUCCAGAUCCAGUUUACAAAGAGCAAGCGUGAAGUUGAAAGCCAAGAGAAAUGAAUGUAACUCCAAAGCCACCCACGCCAGGAACGAAUAUCUGCUUACUCUGGCAGCAGCCAACGCCCACCAGGGCCGUUACUACGAGACCGAUCUGAUCAGCUGCAUUAAGGUCCUGGAUGGCAGCGUGUAUGAUCACAUGAAAGGCUAUCUGGUUUCACUGUGUCAGGCUGAGCUAGAGGCAUCCCACGUCAUUCAGGACACCUUUAACUUCCUGCUGGAGAAGUCCAGUGGAGUUAUGCAGGACUUUCAUCAGGAGCUCUUUAUCCAGGAGAACCUUGCGUUUCAGAAAGCUUCCCCCUUCAACUUUCAACCCUGUGAGAAUGAUUCUGUAAUGCAGAUAGAGAAGGAGAGCGGCACAGCGGAGGAGCACAAUCUGAAUAAAGAGGCGCGGAAGUGGGCCACCCGCGUAGCCAGGGAACACAAGAACGUCAUCCACAGUCAACGGACUCUGUCAGAGUGUGAAGGGACGCCUCAGCAAGAGCACAACACCAGUGAAUUAGAGCUGAAGAUGGAGGAGGCGAAAGAGAGCAUCCGAAAAGCAGAGACAGUGAAGCUGAAGGCCGAGGCUCGCCUGAACCUGCUGAGAGACGUGGGUGUGGCCGUCGACACCUGGAUAAAGAGCGCCAUGAACCAAGUGAUGGAGGAGCUGGAAAAUGAAAGAUGGGCCACAAUGACAACCCAUGAUGCUUCUCUUUCUAGCACAGCAGAUUUUGACAGAGAGGAGGAUGAAGAGACGGAGGACACUGAAACUCUCGAUGAUAGCAGCUCCAGUCCUUCUAGCACCUUGAGGAACUACCCGCUGACCUGCAAAGUGCUUUACUCAUAUCAGGCAUCACAACCAGAUGAGCUAACGAUUGAGGAGCAGGAAGUACUGGAAGUCAUAGAUGAUGGUGAUAUGGAAGACUGGGUUAAGGCCAGAAACAGAGCAGGGCAGGUGGGGUAUGUGCCUGAGAAGUACCUGCAGUUGCCCUCCUCUAACAGUCUACUGAGCAUGCUUCAGUCCCUGGCAGCUCUGGACACACGCUCAUACUCCUCCAAUAAUUCCACCGAGCAAGAGCUCGAGUCUGCCCCUGACCAUAUCCAGACCAGCCCCAACGGAGACAACAGCGUGCACUUUGCGAAGGCAUUGUAUGAUUAUGAGGCUCAGACUGAGGACGAGCUCUCCUUUCCCGAGGGAGCCAUUAUCCGCAUUCUGAACAAAGACAACCAGGAGGACGACGGCUUUUGGGAGGGCGAGUUUAACGGUAGCGUGGGGGUUUUUCCUGCUGUGCUGGUGGAAGAUCUGGCCACACCAAACGGCGAGGACACACACACAGGCAUGGAGACACAGGAGACUCCGUGUAAUCAGAGUCGUCCUCCUCGUCCCUUGUCUACGACUCAGUACCAGCCCUCAUCCUGCAGUAGCCCUGUCUCCAGUCCGCAUGCCACGCCCACUCUGCACUCGCCAAUCUCCAGCCCAGCCAGCUCCUCAGCCUCCCCUCUCGCCAGUCCACGCUCCCUUAACGGCUACCACAGACCGGCGCCGGCGCCCCCAAAAACACCCAGCAACAACCACGGCCACAACUCCACACCUCCGCCCAGGUACCCUGCAGACAGCAGACCAGGAACACUGAGACCUGUGCGAGCUGCACCUCCCCCUCCUCCUCCCAAACAACAGGCCCAGGGUCAAGUGCAGAAGAAAGAAGAAGUCGAGAUCACGCUGGUCUAAAGGCGCCACUCUGGUGGUCGCUCACUUAUUUCACUUGACUUGACCACCGUGGCAGUCUCUGAGCCCGUUCCGGGUAAAGGAGCGCUUCAGGUUUGGAUCAUAUCAAAAUCCAAACGGUAGCAGCAAGGGAAAGCCGGAUGCAUCGAGGAUGCAUUUUGCAAACAGCUGAGUUUAAUCAAGCCAGAGGUCUCUUUAUGUGAUCCGCUUCCAUCUUCCCUCAUCUGUUUUGAAGUCAUGAACUGAGCACUGAGCACGCUGGGGGUUCAGUCACAACCAGUGGCUCAGCAGUCAGUGGAAACACCCUGUGGUUUUCAUUUCACGUUUCAAAUUUCAGAUGAAUUAUUACAACUGGUGUUUGACUCUUCCAUUUACUUCCUGUGGAACAGUGUGACAGGAGCUGGCCCGCCCAGCCGAGAACACGACUGGAAGUAAAACAGACUUCUUCAAGGGAAAAGUGGCAAUUUCAUUUCAAUGCAUUUCAAAAUUUGUAAGUGUGUAUGGGUGGGUUUUUUUUUUUUCCUUGAAUCUAUCUCACUUUGUAAAACACUAUUGGAAAGCAGACUUUAAAAUAAGCAUUGGGUUCACGACUAACACAAGUCGGCCAUCUUGAAUCUAGCAUGCUUUUUCUGUGGUCAAACAGUAUUUUUAUUUUUUAGAAAUGUCCUUUAUGGUAUCAUAUCAGAACUGUCUGUUGACUCGGAAGGUUGUGGGAGCGUUCAUGAAAAGGGCUAGAAAGGUGACUUCAUAGCUCUCAAAGCAAGAGGGAUUUAUUAAGAGAGAAUUUCCCUGGUAAAACUCAAAAAGCACUUUAGUGUUCAGAGUUAUAGAGAAUUUCAGUAUUAUUGCUUGUGGAUUCCGCUGUUGUCAGUAUAUUAUUUAGUUCAUGCUGCUAGUUUAGAUUCCUGCCAUUUUUGGUUUAAUGUAAUUUAUUUCCCUGAAAUUAUUAAUGUGUCUUCUUUUCUAACACAAUUUUCUUUCAACCAGAUAGUUUACAGAGACAGCCUGAGGCAUAGAGGAACACUAUACCCAUAACAGUCGUGUUUUGAGGUUCUACGUUUGUUUUAUUAAUUGCAGGUUUAGAAAGAUGAUGAUUGUGUUGAAAUGUAGUUAGCUAGAGCAACGUUAAAACUUAUAGUUUUGUGUCUCUUGAGAUCUGUUGCAUGUCAUUUUUUUCACGAGUUUACUUUUCCCGUUUUCAGUAUCAGGUGUUUGACUGGAUGUUUUUCUCAUCAUUGCUUAAAAGCGACAGAGCACCCAAACGAAUCUGUUGCCUUAGCAACAGCAUCAAAAGACAUGUAUUUAUCAUGUAAAAAUGAUGAUGAUAAUAAAAAAAGUGUAAAAGACA